GUUGUUCCAUUUCUAAAGGGUGGAGUUCUCCGAGCGCACUCUGAACGCAGCAUCAUUUUCCACCGGUGCCGAUUCAUCAGAAAGUCGUCCCUCACCUCAUUACAAGCAAAAACAAGCCCAAGUAAUCAGCAACAAUGAACGUCUCCCAUGAAAUUGAUUUGCUGGUUCAAGAGAUCCAACGACUCGGCAGUAAAAACGCUGACGGUAAAUGUAGCGUAAAGUUCGGGGUCUUGUUUAAUGACGACCGUUGUGCCAACAUCUUCGAAGCGCUGGUGGGCACCCUGAAGGCCGCCAAGAAGAAGAAGGUGAUCGAUUUCCAGGGGGAGCUGCUUCUGCAGGGCGUCCACGACAACGUUGACGUCAUCCUGCUCCAAGAAUGAGAAGCCGGUGUUGGGAUAGGACAGCCUUCUAGCAGCUGCGGGUCUUUCCUUCACAAGGCUCAGUAUUUGAACUGAACUGCAAUAACCAAUCGGAUUUGACCUAACAGUACACUGGCAGACUCAGCUGGCAUGUCUGCAUAAGAUUGUUUUGUUUUUUUUGCUUUCUAUGUGACAAAUUAAGUAGUGAUUUUGACCACAGAUCAGGAAUAUAAUACUUUGUGCUAAUGCAUUCUGUUGCCUCUCUACAGUUUAUUAUCAUAACCUGAGAUGACCCACAGGACAGCAUGCUCACUAGAUUUAGCUGCUUUAGCAAACUACUGUACACUUUUCAUUUGCUCUCUCUAAUUGUUUGUGACUGAUACCAAGCUGCACUAGGCUAAUCCUCCCUUUGGUAGUGGGAGUUACGACCUCAUUACUUGGUGAGUGUAACUGCUUUAAAAUCUUGUCCAGCUCUGAGACAAAGGGUAGUGUGUGCUCUCCAACUGUGCCACCAAACGGCCAUUCCAGUAAUUGUUUACACAAGACAUGUCUACUACCUCUUAUUUGACCAGGGCUUUUGGAAAUUCAAGAACAUCUCCGUGAUAGAAACUAACUAAAUGACAGCUCAAGUGCAUUUAAAAAAAACAAACAAAAAAAACCUUUUUUUUUUGUACUGCGAUGUGCUAAAGUCGUUUUUAUUCCAUCUUUUUAUACGUAGUCAUUAGUGAAAUUUCUCUGCUAAACAAACUCCAAAAAUUGCCUUUUCAUAGAAAUAGCUGAUGAGCAAUGGCGAAUGUAUUUUUUGUGCAGUUUUUAUUAAUGUAUAAUUACAGGGUGGUUGGUGCCAAAUGCUAAAGGUGACUCAGGACCAAAACAAAGCAACCAAAAUCUGUUUAACUAUCGUGCUGCGGCUUAAAUUAGAGAUACAAAAGGUGCAUUUGCAGUUUUGUUAGUUUCUUUAAUUUUAGCACUGUUUUGUACUGUAGGUCAAACAAAACUUAGCAGACCAGGCAUGACAAAAACACAAUUUAUCUUAGUUAAGUCAUUUAAUGUAAAUUAAUAUCGUUUUGAGCACUUUGGGCCUCCAUACAUUUGGAAAAUCUUGAAGCUGUUUGAAUGUGUAACAUCUUGUAGCUGACACCUCUUUAAUAAAGUCAUAUCCUUUUUUUCUGUUUUAAAAUUAGGCCUCCAUCAUGUUAUCAGUCACAUUUUUCUUCUUCUCGUGAUAAGAAGCUGGUUAUCAGCCUUGUAAAACGACACCUGGUCUGCUAGUUUUUUUUGACCCAUGUCACGUUCACUGCUGUUGUGUCAGACUUGCUAAAUAUUUUACAUUCAGGUGUAUUUGUUUAAGCUUGACUUGAAAUGUGUAUUUCUCUCUUUCUCAGUAUCAAUGGCACAAAUGGAUCCAGCUCGAUUAUGAAUGAAACUAAACUGUAACCUGAUCACAGAAACGUGCUGCUUGCCAUCCUGCUGAUGCUCAGGCGUGACUUUCGAAGCACAAAUGCAAAUUACAAGCGAACGUUUGGCAGGAGGGAGAACGUAAUGAUCACUGCCGAGCCAAUACCUCGAGCCAUUUCUGUGAACAAGUGGGACGCCUGUGUGAUGUGUUCAAGUGUGUCAUUACUGUGUUUUCUAUUGGCAAUAACACAUUCCUACAAGAGGUUUGUGUUACUGUGGAAUACAUUCCAAGGAAUAAAAUCUUUACAUGCGAAGCCUUGAAA